ACAAAUGCUGAACUUUGGGGCCUCUUUCCCUUCCCUAAGUCUGUAGUGGGCCCACUGAUCUUUCUCUAAGAGUCGGUAAACAAACAGGACCAUCAUUACCGGGGCAGCGUAGUUUAUGCCUCUACCCACCUGCACACACAGACCAGGCCUCUGACCGCCCCUGGGAGCCUGCGUGCCACAGCCUGGAACCCACAGCCUCUCCGGAGCCUGCACAGUCAACCCAGACUGAAGCCGAGGUCCUCUAGCGAGACGGGAGUGCAAACCGCCCGGGGCGAAGCCGAAUUUUGAGAGGCCCGAAUGCCUCCGCAUCCACCAGGGCACCGCUGGGACUCAUUCUCUUGGCAAACUUGCGGCCAGCCAAAACCGCCAUGCUUCACAUCCCCGUUAUCCUUGGUUACCGCCCAAGAUUGGCUUACAGAAGAGAUGAAAUGUGGUCUGAGGGACGAUAUGACUAUGAAAGGCUUCCAAGAGACCGAGUACCUCCUCGAAGUCACCCCAGUGAAGGCUACCACAGGGUAGUUAAUAUCAUACCAAAGAAACCACCACUGCUGGACAGGCCUGGCGAGGGAGGCGCGAGCAGGUUUUAUAGCCACAUUGAUUACCGGGAGUAUGAGGGCCGCGGUCUCUCUCAUGAUCGAAGAAGUGGUCCGCCUCACAGAGAUGAGUCUGGCUACAGGUGGACAAGAGAUGAUCAUUCUGUAGGCCGACAGCCUGAAUACAGGGACUUUAGAAGAAAAAGUUUCUACUCUUCCCAUUAUGUGAGAGACCGGUCUCCGCAUAAAAGAGAUGCUCCUUUUUUCAGAGAAUCACCUGUAGGCCGGAAGGAUUCUCCACACAGCAGAUCUGGCUCCAGUGUCAGCAGUAGAAGCUACUCUCCAGAAAGAGGCAAAACGUACUCUUUCCAUCAAUCUCAACAUAGAAAGUCCGUGCGUGCUGGUGCCUUCUACAAACGGCAGAAUGAAGGAAAGCCGGAAAGAGAUAAAGAGAGACCUGUUCAGUCUUUGAAAACAUCAAGAGACACCUCACCCACAAGUUCCUCAGCAGUUACUUCAUCAAAGGCGCUGGACAAGCCCAGCAGGCUGACUGAGAAGGAACUCGCUGAGGCUGCCAGCAAGUGGGCCACAGAGAAGCUGGAGAAGACGGACGAGAGCGACCUACCGGAAAUUGCUGAGUACGAGGCCGGGCCCACAGCCCCACUGUUCAUAGACCGUCCGGAGGAGCCCGAGUCACAUUCAGCAGAGGGCAUUGGAUUAUUUGAGGACAGUCAGCUGACCAGUCGCUCUAAAGCAAUAGCAUCAAAAACCAAAGAGAUUGAGCAGGUUUACCGACAAGACUGUGAAACUUUCGGGAUGGUUGUGAAAAUGCUGAUUGAGAAAGAUCCUUCAUUAGAGAAGUCUAUACAGUUUGCAUUGAGACAGAAUUUACAUGAAAUAGGUGAGCGGUGUGUUGAAGAACUCAAACAUUUCAUUGCCGAGUAUGACACCUCCAGUCCAGAUUUUGGAGAGCCUUUUUAGAAAUUACUUGCUCAGGCAAAAAAAUGUUUCUAGAUUUUUUUCCUUUCCUGGAUUGUGAAAAUCCUUAAUAUAUGGAGUUUUUGUGACAAAGAGAAAAACUUUAUGAUAGUUGACCAUAUUUCCAAUAUCAAAUAAACAUUAAAAUAGUCUAAAAGAUUUUAAUUAGAAAUUUCUUUUUUAAUCUACAUGUAGAGCCUCCUAACCCGUACUUAUCUUUAUUUUUCCCUCCUAAAAUGAUUGGUCAGUGACUUUUUCGAGCUUUGAAAAAGCAGUUCUGGAGAACAGCCUUCCGCCCUCACUUCUGUAGCCAUCCACUGUACGCGAUCGUUCGGUCGCACGAGUGUCUUAUAGGUCAGAGAUCCCCCACUUUACCAUGUACAGUCUUUCUCUUCUCACCAUCAGAGGCGCCGCGUGAAAGUUGCCAGAAUUCUGAGUCACGGUUUUACUGACUGGUUGCUUCUCUUCCACUUUGUACCUUUUAAAAGUUUAAGUUCACUCUCCAAAUAAACGGACUGCUUUGGUACCCUUAAGAAUAUUUGCUUCGAGAGUAAUUAUCAUUGUGAUAAAAUAGAGCACUUAAAUCUCUAAAAGACACUUCCUAAUAAAAUCCUGUUUUUCAAGUAAAGAAACUCAGUGUCUUCUAUUAAAAUAAUCCUGAAACUCCUGACCGCUCUCCCUGGUCUGUGAGUCUCAAACAGUAUGUAUGUGAGAGUAAGAGUAGGAUUUGAGGUGAAAGAGGAAGGCUGUUUUAAAGCGGACAUUUUGUUAAUAACUUCUAAUUGAAAAAAGAAAACUGCAGAAUGUGAGGCAGCCGGGUAGUUUCGUUUUUUUCUAUAGGCCCGUAUCCCCCAUCUCAGAAAAGAAGGCGGUUGACGGCAUAUCCACGAUUAAACCAUUCGCAGAUAUGCCUGCCUCAGCCUCUGCCAUCCAGCACUUCUCUGUCCUGCUGCCCUUUGCGGGGGUGCUGAGUCCUUCAAGAGUGUCCUUGAGGGAGGCCAGGCAGAGUGGGCGGUGAGCAGCCAGCUCCCUCCCUAGACGGCGUCUGUGAAGAGCCCCAGGAAGGGCCCCGCACCCCGGCUCAGCCAGAGGCCCCCUGGGGCGGGCAGGGUGUGCCGCUCACUUCCCGCUCACUUCCACGGCCAGUGGCAUUUAGCCAGCGUGAGCGAUUUUGUGGCAUUAGUUAGGAAAACUUCAAAAUCUUGUUUGUUAUUACCCAAUGUCAUAAUCAUUCCGUUUCCACUCCCUUCUCACUUGAAUUCUGGCAUUAUUUUUAGUAUCUUCUACGGAUGAUACCUGAAGAGCUACUCUACCUCCUGCAGACUAGGUAAAAAUCACAUUAAAAAUGGAAAUAGCAGUAGAAGCGAUUAUAGCAGAUCCUAUAAUGGGAACCUCAAAAUACGUAUUUUGCCAUUCUACAAAUGUAAAAACUAAUUGAAAACAAGAAUUAUUUUCUUAAAUCCCCAGAUGAGACCUUGAAUUUUUCUCUUUUUCGCCAUUUAGAUGUUUUACAUAAGCUACAGCUAAGCCCAGGUCUCAUCUCUGGUAUUCUUCCCUAAUUAUGAACAGCAAUUUUAUUUGUUAUCAACUUUAGAAAGAUUAAGAAAGUACUGAUAUUGUUUCUCCACUGCCCCCAUGUUUUUCUCCUCAUUAAACAUUCUAAUUUCAGGAUUCACUUCCUUUAGUCGGUGUGUCUCAAGUUCAAACCUAACACUUGAACAGACCAAGGAGUUGUUAUUCACUUGUUGAAAUCCAUUAAACGAGAGAAGUUUUACUCACAGAUGCAUUUAAACAGAUAAUUUCUUCUUUUUCCCUUCCCCCAAAUUACAUUCAACAUUUAAAGUUGCUGAUAGCUUGCCAUCAGCAUUAUUCUGAUAGGCUUGUCUGUGUUAAAUCUGUUCAAUUUUUUUUUUUUUCUUAAAGUUUUUUAGAGUCUAAAUUUAGGAUAAAUUCAGAUGUGUAUCAGAGCGUGUAUUUUGCAAAAUGUUCUUGAUUAAAUAAACUGUUCGUAGAUAAUCUAUUGUUUUUGAGUAUGUCCAACUGAUGUGAUAAAAAUUUCAUUGUCUUAUAAAUGACUUGAUGAUCAAUGGGGCAGAACAGAUGUUGUGAACUUUUUUGUGAAUUUUAAAAGUGCAGAAUAAAGCAAACAGGUUUAAAUAA